GAAAAACUCAAAAGCAAUUCUGCCCAGCGCCGACAGCUGCCUUGCUCCAGUCGCAUUUUCAAAGUUUAUCACCAUCUCCCACAUGGCGACAACACAGCACUAUCUGUGGGCAUCUGGCCACUUUCUCCUGCUCCUCUCCUCUUUGCGCUAUUUUAUCGCAUGGGUAACCUUCAAGAGUGUCUCCACUUGGUGGUAUAAAGCAAGUUUCACUGGUGCUCUCAUCAGCUACGCCAUUGUUUGCCAAAAAUCUCUUGGAACCCCCCAGCCAAAUCCCGCAUAUCUGAAGCGUGCCUUGCUGGAUGAGAAUGUCCAAUACUUCAUGCUCGCCUUCUUCUGGUGGACAUCCAAGCCUAUUACUCUGUCACUCCUGCCUUACAUGAUCUUCUCGUUGUUCCAUGCUCUGACCUUCACCCGCACAACGCUGAUGCCACAAUUCCUGCCUCCUGGUCCACCGGCUACUUCGGGAGGUGCACCCCAGCCUCACCCCUUGGCCAAGAGACUCCAGGUCUGGGUUAAAGCAAAUUACGACCGGGCUAUGAAAGUAGUUGCCUUUACUGAAAUCGUCAUCUUUGUACGCGUCUUCCUUGGAGCCCUCACUUUCCAAAACUCGUUGCUCUGCCCCCUCAUCUACGCACACUUCCUCCGCCAACGUUACUACCAGUCAGCAUUCACACGUGAGGCCUUCAAAGUGACAUAUGCCCGCAUCGACGCGUUUGUUCGUAAACCCGGCAAUCCCCCCAUGGUAGUUCAGGUGUGGGACAAGGGACAGCACAUCGUGCAGAGGUGGGUUGGGAAUAGCUUGACGGGAGGUGCUCCGCCAGCUGCUGCACAGUGAUGAUGGUCGACGGGAGGAGGGUCGCUCGUGAUAAUAAUAAUAUACGAAUGGACUGUUAUUUUUUGAGCGUACCAAAUACUAGUCAACAAGAUUGACGAGUUUUAAUAUAUUCAUCCCUUCUUUGG